CUUCGAUCAUGGUAUUCCACUUCCGAAGAUGCACAAACACUUGAACAUGGCGGCUGCUCUUUGACCAAUCAAAACGUUGCCCCAAAUUGUUUCUUAUAUCGUGGAAUAUGGAAGUAACACGCUAUAUCUCGGGGUUUCGUUUUGAAACGAUUUCGGAGACUCGUCGUUCCCUAUUCGAUUCGUAAAUGUGAGUCGAAAUCCCUCGGAUAAGGAAGAACGAGGAUCUUCUCGCAGAUCGUGCUUCCCCUCUCCGGGACGAGGGGAGGCAAAGAAUCUCUGAACGUGCGAGUUUUUAGGUUAUAAAGGCCAGCAUUCGCCAAUGUAAACAGCGACGAGGGGGGCUGGUAUCCUCGAACCUGUCUGGAAAGCGAGCCUUAUGUAUUGGAACAGGACAGUAACCGGCGCUGCACGGGAAGAAAUGCCUUUGAGCUCGAUUAGCCGUGCCACAAAUGCUUCCACCGCAACGGUGGAGGGCGUAAAUCCCGGCACGAGCACGCAGAUUACAUCGACUUGCUGUACUCCGCCACCAUCCUAUCAUAAUAUCAAUUUACCCCUCGGUCAUCCCUCCACGUUGACCAACGAACGUGGUGCACCACCCUCGUACGAGGAGGCGAUAGAUCCUAAUGCACCACCACCGUCCUACGAUUCUUUAUUUGGUCGUAUGAGAGAAGCCCGUAAAAUAUCCAAAGGCAUAUUUGAUUUUUUAAAAAAUAUUGUUGUCCUGCUGUUAGGCACAAUUGGAUGUACCAUCAUUCUUGGAGUAACGAUAGUGGUACCAAUUUGUAUGAUGGUGAUCGGUGGACUGUAUCUUUACGACUGUCCACAGGGUGAAUACAUUCCCGUAUACUUGUUAGUAGGCGGUGGAUUUGGAGUAUUUAAGCAAUUAUUAACUUUGUCGGCUAGAGUACGACAACGUCAAGAAGAAAGAGAUGAGGAAAGGAUUAGACAAUCGCCUACACAGACUCUGAUCAAUUGUUUUAUGCUGGGAUGGUUCAUUAUUGGUUCUAUGUGGGUAUACAAGGAAUAUGAGCCAAACUAUGAUCCAGCAUUAGGGAAGUAUUGCAAUAAGACACUAUAUUUAUUUGCCUUCUGGCUAAUUACGUCGGUCUACAUAUGCAUGGGUAUCAUAACGGCCGGCCUGUGCAGCAUUUCCGUAGCUAGUAUUGCGUUUCAGAGACCGCCAUCGGAUUUGAUGUGAGAUAACGUUGUUUAGUCGCUUUGUGUCGACAUCUCUGAAAUGACGCUCAUCUACAAUCUACAUUUGACAUAAUCAGAACGGUAUUUAUCGAACGAAAGAACUCCUAUUGUCUACACGCUAUGGAUGAUAAGUAUGCGCAAUUUUGCAUUGUAUGCACUCGAUUUUUCUGUAUCGAGGUACCAUCGACAUCAUCCAACGUUCCUCUUCGCUAAUCGAUAAAAUACAAACGGCUCAUUCUUAUAUUUAUAUUAACAAUGAUCGGAAGUUGAAAUCGAACUUGUAUAUAGAUAUGUGCCGUAUAAGCGGAAAAAAAAUCUCAUUUUAGGAGCAAAGAGAGAGAGUCACUCGCCAAGAGCUGGCACCAUUGCUCGGUGAAACGAGUCGCUUCGCGCGACAAAGUGCAAAUUUCGUCCACGUUUACGUACCUGAGAUGCUUAAACGACUUCGAAGAAAAUCGUUGGCACGUUAAACGCACACACUAGACGCACCGGCGCGCGAUCCAAGUUCAAGCAAGAUCCAAGUUCAAGUAAGAUCGUAUAAAUGACUUCUCACGAUGCGCAAACGAGUGCAAUAGCUUAUUGAGUAAUUCGACUGUUGUGACGAUAUCCCUAACGCCGUAAGAAAUGCGGUGAAACAUACAUCGAAGUCGGUUAUCUCUCUUGAAACCUCUCGAUAAAGCCGGGAUUAGAGGCGAAAGGAAAACAGAGUCGCUUCGACCAGAUCAAGGGCUGUGUGUACGUCGCGUUACUCGCGAAUUUUUUUUAUCUUGUGCCAAGUGGACGCGAAGUCGCAGACCAAAGUAUUUUGCUAUCACAAUGUUGCUAGCGCCAGUGCGCCACAGAUUUUACAAAUUCGUUUGUAAACUCACUCAGAACUCGUACGGAGAACGAGCCGAAUGCGAAUGCGCGACUCGCACUAUGCUUAGUACAGUUGACGACGCUUUGAUACGACGGUCUAAUAUAAUUUUACGAUAUAAAUGUUAGACAUCGCAUCGUUUUCUCGAUAACACUUUAUCUGUGGUAAGCACUUUAUGACCUUUACGGACUUGACUAUAAUAUAGUACGCACUCUACUCACUCAUGACUUGUAACUUACCUAUUUAAAAGACUGCGAUCUCUUACGUGACAA